CUUGAGUUUAUGCCCGUGGGUGGACGACCGUAAGCAAUGGCAGGGAUUGCAACGGUUCUGUUUCGGGGGGCCUGUUACUCGCCCAGCUUGCAGAAGUGUGGUUUAUGUCAUACAAAUAUACCACGGUCAUUCUGUAUUUUAGUGAAAAGUCCAAAGCAGCUACUGACACCCAAGGUUCACAAUGGAAUCCGUCAAAACUGUGGAAAACAUGGUGGAUGGAACAAGUACAUCACAAAGUCAUAUUUGUUUCGAAAGUUAUUACCGCAAAAGGUUGGCAAGAGAACUUGUUUUCACCCCGGGGCCUCUACUCUUGCACCUAAUGAAAUUAAUUCAACUAAGAAAGAAGUUAGUGGGUGGGACAUAGUGAAGGCCAUGAUGACCUAUAUCUGGCCCAAGGACAAGCCCGGGAUCAAGGCCAGAGUGGUGAUUGCAGUGGGGCUUCUCAUUGGGUCCAAGGUGAUGAAUGUACAAGUGCCGUUCAUCUUUAAGUACGCAGUAGACUGGCUUAAUGCUCCCAGUAACUGGCUAAAUCUUGGCGAUCCAACAGCAACAAUUGUAACCAUGGCAACAGCUUUAUUAAUAGGCUAUGGCCUUGCCCGAGUAAGUGCUUCAGCAUUCAAUGAGCUCCGCAAUGCUGUGUUUGCCAAGGUCGCCCAGAGCUCAAUACGCCGUGUAGCCCGCAAUGUGUUUCUUCAUCUACAUAACCUUGACCUUAGCUUUCACCUUGCUCGUCAAACUGGUGCAGUGUCCAAAGCCAUAGAUCGGGGAACAAGAGGCAUCAACUUUGUUCUGAGUGCGCUGGUGUUUAAUGUUGUACCAACAAUAUUCGAGGUUUCCCUUGUCACCUCCAUAUUGUACUACAAGUGUGGGAUUCAGUACGCCAUGGUGGCGCUGGGCUGUAUCGGGACCUACACCCUCUUCACACUGCUCAUCACACAGUGGAGGACCCAGUUCCGUGUGAGGAUGAACCAGGCAGACUCUAAGGCAGGAUCCAUGGCCAUUGACUCCCUCAUCAACUACGAGACUGUCAAGUACUUCAACAACGAGAAGUACGAGGCAGACAAGUAUGACAAGGUGUUGAAGAACUACGAGACCGCUUCCCUAAAGACCACAACCAGCCUGGCAAUGUUAAAUUGGGGUCAGAAUGCCAUCUUCAGCGCUGGACUUACCGCCAUCAUGUUGCUGUCCAGUCAGCAGAUAAUGGAAGGCACCAUGACUGUCGGGGACCUGGUGAUGGUGAACGGACUUCUCUUCCAGCUCUCUCUGCCGCUCAACUUCCUCGGCUCCGUGUAUCGGGAAGUCCGCCAGUCCCUCAUUGACAUGCACACCAUGUUUAGUAUCCUCAACAUAACACCCAACGUAAUGAAUGACCUCAAGGCCCCAGCACUGCAGAUCACACCCUCCGAGUCCACCAUCACGUUUGAGGAUGUGUAUUUUGAGUAUGUCCCAGGACAGAAGAUUCUUAACGGUCUCUCAUUUACCGUACCAUCAGGGAAGAAGGUAGCCGUUGUUGGUGGCAGCGGUUCUGGAAAGUCAACAAUUGUGAGAUUGCUGUACCGCUUCUUCGACACAGACCAGGGACGUAUUCUGAUCAACGGGCAGGACAUAAAAUCCCUGAACCUUGACAGCACACGGAAAGCUAUAGGAGUCGUUCCUCAGGACUGUGUAUUGUUCCAUGACACUGUCUUCAACAACAUCAAUUACGGUGAUCUGACUAAGUCCGAGACAGACGUCCACAACGCUGCCAAGAUGGUGGAACUGCACGACGCCAUUAUGACCCGAUUCCCCGACAAGUACGACACCCAGGUGGGGGAGCGGGGGCUCAAGCUGUCGGGGGGAGAGAAGCAGAGGGUAGCCAUUGCCAGGACGAUCAUGAAGGACCCUCCCAUCAUCAUCUACGACGAAGCCACCUCCAGUCUCGACACCAUCACAGAACAGAACAUCCUGUCAGCACUUCGUGAGGUGACGAAAGGGAAGACAACAGUAGUGAUUGCUCACCGACUUUCGACUGUUGUUGAUGCGGAUUCUAUCCUGGUGUUGGAGAACGGCUGCGUGGCGGAGCAAGGGACACACUACAGCCUCCUUGCCGACCCCAACAGUCUGUACAGCCACCUGUGGACAAAGCAGAGCCAGGUCAAGUUAGAGGCUGACCCAGCAGAUGCAGAUGACUCGGUCCUGGAGGGAACAGAUGACAUCAAGCAGUAGCAGCAGAUGUGGAUAACUUGGUCGUGAAGAGAACAGACGACAUUAAAAGCAGCAGCAGCCGACAACCUGAUCCUGGAGGAUGCAGACACAUACAGCUUGGUCCCGGAGCAAGCCUACGACAUCAAGCAGUAGCAGCAGACACAUACACCUUGGUCCUGGAGGAAGCAGACGACAUCAAGCAGUAGCAGCAGACGCAUACAACUUGGUCCAGGAGGAAGUCCAGGAGGAAGCAGACACAUACAGCUUGGCCCCAGAGCAAGCCUACGACAUUAAGCAGUAGCAGCAGACACAUACACCUUGGUCCUGGAGGAAGCAGACGACAUCAAGCAGUGGCAGCAGACGCAUACAACUUGGUCCAGGAGGAAGCAUCAAGUAGUAGCAGCAAAUAGCUUGGUCAUGGAGAGAAUGGACAACUUUGAACAGCGGCAGCAGACAACUUGGUCCUGGAGGGAACAGAUGACAACAAGUAGUAGCUGUAGAUAUAGAAACGGACCUCAAGAGCAUAGACGACAUCGUGCAAUAGCAGCAGAUUCAGACAACCUUGUCCUGAAGUGGACUGACGUCAUCAAGUAGCAGCAGACACGGCACACUUUGACAUCACAUCAGUGGAGACUGAGGACAAGCUUAAUCAGUAGCAGCACUUGAAUGGACAUUUCAGCUUGUGCCUCGGAGAACUCAGUUCUAAUCAUGCUGGCACUCUCCGAUGACUUCAGCAGACAUCUGCAGAUCAUGCCAUUAUCAUAGAAGUUUGUGUAUGGUGUAAACAACUUAAGGUACUCGAGAUCCAAACACCAAAUCUUUCAAUGGCACCAAUUCUUUUCACAUUUAAGCCCAUGGGCCUAAAUAGGGAAAUGUGUUCCCUGAUGGCGUGGAUCGUUGUUCUCAAUAUCAAUCAUUGGAUCGUCUGUUUUCACAGUUGAUGCAGGAGUAAACAAGUCAUGAAGUAAGCUUACUGAGACUUGAGUUUGGUUUGUUAGUUUACCAUGUUUACACUGCACUGAGCAAUAGUCUUGCACUAUAACUGCACCCUGUAAGUAACGGAGUCUGGGUCAGACAAACCGGUGAUAGAUAUAAUGAGCAAGGUCCCAUGUGUGGGGUAUGAUGACACACUAUCACCCAAGUCACCAAGCCUAAUCUGACCUGGAAUCCCAACCUCAUUUCAAUCAGAUCUUUGUGCUUCCAACCUCUACAUAAAUCUUUGUGCAGCAGUAGCGAGCAUCAAGAUCGGACUUUAAUGAGAUUGCCUGUUUCCCAAAGGAUGUUGUCUUGCUAUUGGUACCUGUGACAAAGAGAGAGCUGUAUCUCAUCGGACAUGAUGGCAGUCUAGUUACUGAGACUAUGAAUACAGAGGCUGACUAGUCAGAAUUAAAGGUCCAGUAGACUCAGGGGACCUGUUCACUGCCUUGACAGGUGUGACCUCUGAAGAUCCAGGAUAGAAUAGGUCUUCAGCAACACAUGCUUGCCGUAAAAGGCGACUAUGCUUGUGGUAAGAGGCGACUAACGGGAUCAGGUGGUCUGGCUCGCUGACUUGGUUGAUGCAUG